AUGUUUAAGCUGUGUGGACUUCAAUUUCUGCUUGUCAUUCACUCGGCUAUGUGCCAGAAUUUGGAGGACCUGCAUAUAACUGGGCCUCUGAAGGACAUAGAUUUCUCUAUUCCAGAAGGAGAGGGAAUGCGCUUCAUUUACCAGUUCACAUCUGAGCCACCUGCUGUGAGUUUCAGAGCGACUGGUGAAAAAGAUGGAAUAAUUGACAUUGUGCCGAAGACAGGCAUCCUGUAUCUCAAUGGGUCUCUGGACUGGGAGACCAAAGCAGUGCACAGGCUGCAGGUGGAAAGUCUGGAUGAAAAGGGAAAUGUAGUGAAAGGUCCAUACACUGUUACAAUACUUGUGGAGGAUAUCAACGACAACCCACCAGAAUUUGACCAGAUAAAGUACACUGGAGUAGUGAGGCAGAACUCCCGUCCAGGCAAGCCCUUCAUGUACGUCCACGCCACUGACCGCGAUAAUCCUACAACUCCCAAUGCAAAGCUGAUGUACAGUAUUCUCCAUCAUUUUCCCAACCCUUAUUCAGAAAUGCUUUUCCAAAUCGAUAAUGUAACUGGAGCAAUCUCACCAAGUAAGGCAGGGUCCUCUUACUUAGAUCCUCAAAAGCAAGACACCUUCACACUUGUCGUCACUGUGAAGGACAUGGCAGGGCUGACAUCGAAUGCUUUCACCAGCAGCGCUGAUGUGAUCAUCACUGUGAAGGAGAGCCUGUGGAAAGCUCCCCCCACCAUCCGCAUCCAAGAAAACUCAACCCAGGUCCACCCUGUCAACAUCAGCCAGGUGCACUCAAAUGAGCCAGAUGUAAUUUAUGACCUUUUUGAAAAAGAAAAGCUGUCCAGGCUUCCAUUUUCCAUUGAUCAGAAUGGGGUUAUUUAUGUGACCGAACCUUUGGACAGGGAAAAAAAGGAUACUUAUACUUUCUUUGCGAUCACAAAAGAUAAAGAGGGAGAACUGGCGGACAAGCCUCUGCAGAUUCAUGUUAUUGUGGAAGACAUUAAUGACAAUCCCCCGGUGUGCCAGCAGGCCCUCACUGUAAUUGAAGUUCAAGAAAAUGAAGGAGGAGGAAGUAAUAUUGGCACCCUGUUUGCUACGGACAUGGAUGAGGAGGACACCCUUAACUCUCGUAUGCAGUUCAAAAUUGCAAGUCAGGUUCCUGAUGUUCCUGCAAGUAAUCUGUUCUUUAUUCAGCAAGACACUGGCAUUAUGCAGUUAAAUAGCCGUUCAUUAAACAAGCGCAUUGCAUCCAACUAUUCCUUGAAGGUGCUGGUGACAGAUGCAGCAUUCCAAACAAUCUGUGAUGUGCAAAUACAUGUCAUCGACAUCAAUGAUCAGAUUCCAAUCUUUGAAAAAUCAGAUUAUCACAAUGUGACUGUUGCAGAAAGUCUCCCGGUAGGAACAGUGAUAUUAGAAAUUCAAGCUACCGAUGGAGAC